AAUUUGUGUGUGGUUGAGGUUCAGGUUGUACAGAAACACUGUCCACCAAAUAGCGGCUCGUACAACUCACCCAGGCGCAGGUCAUUGUAAAAAAGUGCACCGUCUUCGUGUGCACCCAAAAUGGCGGGAACGCUCCAAACCCUAAGUAUCCGCCCUCCGGUCGCCGGUGCUCCGCCGUUCCGUCUACUUAAUCCAAUAUUUCCGUCGAUUGCGUUCCCCUUUUCAGGUCACAAGGCCCGUAAUUCAUGUUUUCUUUGGAAACGCAGCCCCAUUUCAACAAUUCCAAUUAUCAAAGCCAGUGCACAAUCCCAUCAGGGAAGUGGCGAUGAUAAAAAUGAACUCUCACCAAUUUUGAGUUCCGGAAGACCUUCAAAUUGGACAAAACCAUUGAUGAAUUUUGCAUCUAAUAACUUUCUCCCAUUAGCUCUUGUCUGUGGAGUAGCAUUUGGACUUUCAAAUCCUGGCCUUGGUUGUCUUGCUGACAGAUAUGGAUUGUCUAAAUUUAGCACUUUUGGAAUAUUUAUCAUUUCAGGAUUGACAUUGCGCAGUGAUGAAGUUGGUGCUGCUGCGGAAGCAUGGCCAGUUGGACUUUUUGGGCUUGGUUCAAUUUUAAUAUUCACCCCCUUAUUUUCGAAGAUUAUUUUGCUACUUAAGCUCCAGCCACAAGAGCUUGUCACAGGACUUGCCAUAUUUAGCUGUAUGCCGACAACAUUAUCUAGUGGAGUGGCACUGACUCGGCUAGCUGGAGGGAAUUCUGCCCUUGCCCUUGCAAUGACUCUGAUAUCCAAUCUGUUAGGAAUUCUAAUUAUACCUUUCUCUAUCUCAAAAUUCAUAGCUGCUGGAGUCGGUGUAUCAGUUCCAACUGAGCAGUUGUUCAGAAGCCUUGUUCUGACACUUUUGGUUCCACUUAUUUUGGGAAAGGUUGCACGAGAACUCUCUAAAGGGUUGGCAGACUUUGCGGAUAGAAAUCGUAAGCUUCUGGCUGUGCUCUCUGCAAUCCUCCUGAGUUUGGUCCCAUGGAUGCAAGUCAGUAGAUCAAGGUCACUGCUCUUAAUGGUUAAGCCAGCAGUUUUUCUUGCAGCCAUUGGAAUGGGAUCGCUUCUACAUGCUAUCCUUUUAGCUUUUAAUGCUCUGGCGAUUCAAAGCAUUACCAUCGUUACUGGUGGUAGGAAAUCCGCUUUUGCAAAGAGAGAAAACGCCAGUGCUCUUCUACUAGUUGCAAGCCAGAAAACAUUGCCCGUGAUGGUCGCUGUAGUUGAGCAGCUUGGUGGUGCUUUUGGUGAAUCUGGUUUGUUGGUUCUUCCAUGUGUAGCAGCCCAUUUGAACCAGAUUAUCAUGGACUCCUUUUUAGUGAGUUUUUGGAAUCAAAAGGAGCAUCCAUUUGACAAUGCCAAGAUCGCGUGAAAUUUGCUCUAGACAAUCGUCAUCAAUAGAUGCCAUUGCUGCUACUUGUCCUUCUAACUUCAGAAAAGAAGAGGUUGAUUGAGAGUAGGAUCUUUUCAUUAUUAUGAGCAUAGGGAAAACACUAAAGAUUCAUGAAUAUAAGCAGAACCCUUUACAUGUUUGUGAUUUGUAAAAAGAUAGCUAUGGUUCAUUAACGCACAAAGUUGCACAAUCUUGUGAUUUUUUGGCUUGGAAUCUCUCUAUAACUUGGCCAGAUUCGAUGAAUAAUUAUGACAUUUCACUUUUUUGGAAAGAAAUUUUUAUUUUCGAUUGCUGGAUUA